GUUUAUUUUCCUUAUCCUGUGUACUAUAGCGAAAUAAAUAAUCGGAGCGACGAUCUGGUAAGCGGAACAGUUGGAGAGAAAUGUAUGCCGCUGCCGGUGGCGCCAGUUUGGCAUCACGCCAGGCACGACAAAGGCAACGCCAGCAAAAGAAAUCGCAGCAGCUGCAGGCAAAACUACAUCCCCCUAAGGCACCUUGUCCAUCGGUGGGCGAACAUGGCGCUUCAACGCCAACGCGCCAUUCUCGGCAAUUCCACCAACUCCCGAACAACUAUCUGCGAACACCGCAGGCGCAGGGGCGCAAACUUAGUGCUAGUUAUACGGCGCAAUCGAAGCUUUUACUGCCAAUCGAUGAGGGCGACACACAAUCGGUUAUGCAUAUGCGAAUCCACUCGCACCCACAUGCGCAUGGACAUAGCCAUCAUGCUCACAGCCACAGCCAUCAGGAACACCAACAUAUGGUUCCAUAUACCGGUCAUCAUCACCAUGGACGUGUAUCGCCGAAGCUUGUACACCGUCAUUCGGGCAGUAGCGGAACAAGCUUUCACCAUUCCCAUCUACCGAAAUCGGCAACUGCCACUCUACCGCUUGUCUCACAAGUUGAAGCCACACCACCGACGUCGCCAUCGGGCGUAGCCGCCGCCGGCAAGCCGGAUGACGCGACAGCUCUCCCACCAACGACAUGUCAGGAGGCAGGUAUUCCUAUGGCCUAUCAUGACAGUAUUAUUGUGACGCCGGCCACACCGAUGGCGUCGCCCGGGCACGUGGCCAAACCACACGAAGAACUUCCCGAUGCUGUUGCAGAAAAACAACCGCUUACCGCGGCCGCAGACUCUUGUGAUGACGAUGACCAAGCGCACCCACCCACCGGACCCCUAGAACGCAAAUGCAGUGUCUACCGCAUGAGGCGUAGCGACGCCUUUGAACAUGACCCCCCGGUUGUCAUUGGUGGUGUUCGGAGACAAUUCAAAGAGCUUCAAUUCAACCAACAGAACCAACACUACGAACCUCUGCUUACCGACGAUCCGCACCUCGUAUUCAAGGGCUUGCCGUCGACCACCGCCGGUCGUAAAAUCCAAAUUUGCGCCUACUGUGAGGAAGGUAUAUGCGUCUGUGAACACAUUGAGUGUGCUCAGGGAAGAGCUGCUUGGUUGGAACGCGGACGUCGUUGCAGUGUACAGGAGGCACAGCAACAAGCGACAUGCCACCGUCGGUGGGUAAAAAGAAAUCGGAUACAAGACGCCUCUUUAGGCGGUUCGUCGGACGAUGAGGAUUUUUUGGGCGUAUUAAGGGGUCCAAGCACAUUUGCAAAUGCUUUCCUAUAUGUUGGGCUGGGUACGAUAGCCCUGGGUCUUGUUAUAGCAUUUGUUGGAACCGGUGAGAAGGGAUUUAAAACCGUUGAGCUGCGUCUUAUCGGACCAUCACUUAUCGGCCUCGGAUUUAUAUGCUGCUUGCUGAGAAUUCUGUUCUGCAUUUGUCCCUCUCAUUGCAUAGCAAAUAAAAAGAAUGACCGAAAGAAAAAUGGCAAUAAAAUCGAUGCCGAUUACACCACAUCUCUGUUGCGAGGUGAAAUAAAACGCGUGUCCAUCACACGAGCUCCUGGUCAACAGUCUCGCGUUGGUCAUAAGAGGUCCAAUAGUAAAAUGUUAAAUGAAGGUAUGGAGGCAUUACGUCAAAUUGCAACCACUUCGCUAUUUAUGCAAAACGAGCAGAAGCCUAUGACAAACCGUAUAGUUCCCAUAAUAAAAGAGCCAGAUGUUACAGCCGGUAAGCAUUUUAAAAAAACCGAUAUUGCUAAUACAAGCAGGGCGAGUAGGUCAAGUUCACAAAAUAAAAGUGCAACAAAAGAGGAAAUCGAACGUAAUGAGAGUACUGCCGUUCAAAAUGCUCCUCCCACCAAUCUUGGGGACAAAAAUAUUUCUUCUCCGGUUCCUCCGGUUAGCGGUUUCAACAGCAAUAAAUUGUCACGUCAACGUAUUUCAGUUCACCAGCAAAACUCAGCAGCUUCUUUAUUACUACACAAUGGGCAGCCCCUAUCUUCAAAGGAUGACGCGAAAGAUCUACAAAUGGAAACAUCGUUAAUAUUUGUAAGAAAUCCCAAUUUGGAGAAGGAAAUGUGUCCACCCCUGCACCCUACCACAACGUCCGCAGCUACAUCGAGGACAUGUCCGUCCUCAGUUUCCACGCAUCUGUCGCCGCCUGAAUCCACAGACAUACCUACAAUACACAGCUCCAAUGUUAUUAAUAGCAUAAAACAAAAAACUGAAGCGUACAAUACAACCAACACAGCAAGUACUUAUGCUGCAGCAUUAGCUGCGGCUGCAUCGUCUCGUGGUAACAGUGAGCGGACAGAGAGCCUUGUACGGGGGCCUCUUGCAAUGCCACUCUCAAUGCUGACAGCAUCGACAUCCACAUAUGCCUUGCCAUCAUCAGCUCCAAGCAUUUCUUUGACUAAAUCAAUAACGACGAGCCCACUACCAGUUCAGCCAUCAACAGCACCAACAUUUUCAAAGACGACUGAUCAAUCCGGUGCGAUUAGUCAACAAAUAAUGCCAGGUCAGGUGAUUGAUGAAACCUUUAUGGGCCAAACGUUAUCUAGUACUGAUGAAAAGAACAGUGAACCUCCUCAAAGCCAUCCGGUUCUAAAAUUUCCUGCAUCUACCAUGUUAUCUUCCACAUAUUCAGGAAGUUCGUCGACGCUUUCGCCCAACAGCCUAGUAGGUUCCACUUCGUUUUCUGUGUCCUCGACUUUACCUACACCAUUGGGUAAAUUUGAACCUGAGAUUCUGCUGAGUCCUGCCAAACUAGGGCAAUAA